AUGGAAACAAAGUUAAGUGCAGAUAAAUGUAGUAGACUCAAGUGGAGAUUGGGGUAUGAUGGUUGUUUUGCAGUGGAUGCACGUGGUAGAAGUGGCGGACUGGCAUUAUUGUGGAGAGCUGAAAACCAAGUUGAUGUGCUUAACUACUCUGAUCGACAUAUAAGUGCAUGGAUUAGAGAUGUGGACUUUCCAUCAAAAUGGUUAUUAGCAAGAUUUUAUGGUGAACUGGAUGUAGCUAGGAGAACUGAAGCAUGGGAAUUUUUGGAAUCUCUAAAACCAGAUUUUCAAAGAGCUUGGUGUGUCCUUGGGGAUUUCAAUGAAAUUUUGUUUAGUAAUGAGAAGAGGGGAGGGAAGCCGAGGAGGGAAGCACAGAUGGUUAGGUUUAGAGAAGUGUUGGAGGAUUGUCACUUGCAUGAUCUUGGUUUUAAGGAAGAUAUGUUUACUUGGAGUAAUAAACAUGGGGAUGGAACUUAUACGAAGGAGAGAUUAGACCGAGUGACAACUAAUCCUAUUUGGACUAGUAUGUUCCAAGAUUAUGGGGUUGAAGUGUUAGUGGCUAGAAGCUCAGAUCAUAAGCCUUUACUUAUGAAGUUUAGAGGUAAAGAAGAGGAAACUCGAAGAGGGAGGAAUUUAUUCAAGUAUGAGGAGGCUGAGGAUGAAUAUAACAUUAAGGAGGUGAAGGAAAUUCAAUUGAGACUUGGUGUUCUAUUGGAACAAGAAAAUAUUACUUGGAAACAAAGAGCAAAGAGGCAUUGGUACAAAGAGGGGGAUAUGUAUACUCGUUAUUUUCACGCAUGUGCUACGGAGAGGAAGAAAAAGAAUACAAUUAAAAGGGUGAAAGGGGAAGAUGAUGUGGUGCGGACUGAUGUAGCAGAAAUUGCUGGAGCUUUCCAAAGUUUUUUCACAAAGGUUUACACUUCUUCAGAUCCAUCUCUGGAGAUCAUAGAAAGAUGCUUGGAGAAUGUGGAGCCUCGAGUGUUAGCUGAGAUGAAUCUACAGUUGGAUUCGGUUUUCACUAGAACAGAAGUGGAUGAAGCAAUCAAACAAAUGGGGCCUCUCAAAUCCCCGAGACCGGAUGGCUUCACGACUCGCAAGAAAGGAAAGGUGGGAAGUUUAGCUUUGAAGUUAGACAUGUCCAAAGCAUAUGAUAGGGUUGAGUGUGGAGGGGAGAUUUUUUGUCCAAAGAGGGGGUUGAGACAAGGUGAUCCUCUAUCACCUUAUCUCUUUAUCCUUUGUGCUGAAGGCUUAAGCUCCUUGAUUAAUGCAGCAGAGAAGAAGGGAGAUAUUAAAGGUGUUUCAGUGAGAAGAGGUGGGACUAGUAUUAAUCAUUUGAUGUUUGCGGAUGAUUGCAUUCUUUUUUGUAGAGCCAAGGUUUCUGAAUGGAAGAAGAUUCAUGAAUUACUGCAACUUUAUGAGGCAGGGUCAGGUCAGAUGCUUAAUAAACAGAAAUCUUCUUUCUUUUUUAGUUCUAAUACUAGAGCUAACGAGAAAAAGGAUAUUAUUCAAGAAGCAGGAGGUGGUGUGUGUGGGAGCUAUGAAAGGUAUUUGGGGUUACCAGAUUUGGUGGGAAGGUCUAAAGUGAAUACUUUUAGAAGCAUCAAGGAGCGUAUAUGGCAGAAAAUUCACACCAAGAUCACAUAA